AUGGUUUCUUCUUCAGACACAGGAGUAUCGGACACAGUGGACCCCAUGGCAGUUGUGUCAGAUGACGAGAUACCAUCAGAGGGAGACGUAUACACCUCAGACACCACGAUGGUGGAUGUGCCACUUGAUGUCGUAUCUGAUGACGACAUUGAUCUGUUCGAUGAGGGUCCGCCUGAGGACGACUAUGAGGGCGGGGCUCUGAUUGAUGCUGAUGUUGUUCUUCCCAUUGCUGAGGCCCCUGUAGAGGAGCUUCCUGCUGGUUCACCUGUCCCAGACUCAUUGGAGUCUGUGGCAUCUGCGUCUUUGCACGACCAGGGAGUGCAACAUCACUCUCCUGAUGCCGACCCCGACUUGGCGAUGUCAGCUGCACCUGCACCAGCUCUUGCACCACCCAUUGUUGACCUCCCCGUUGUUGCUCCACCAGUGGUGGAUGAUCCUGUUGUUGAUGUACCGUUACCUGAUCCCGUGCCGGCAUUGGUUGACCGUGCACCUUUUGCCGCUCACAUAGAUCCUCGUUAUGCUGACACUUGCAACGGGUGGAUCGAGGAUGAUGACGAUUACCCACCAUUUGUGCUACCUGUCACUCCUCCCGUAGCACCCGUUUCUGCACCCACUAAUAUCCCAUUGUUUCCCCCACACACCACAGACGUUCAUCGCACUGAUUUUCCCAUUACGUUCCUCCAGGACAUACCGCCACCUCAUCCUGGAGAGGGGUCAUCGAGGCAGCCGCCUGUUUCUGUGCCACCCAUGCUACCAUCAUCCUUUCCAUUCAUGCCCAAGUUUCCUCAUGUUGUACCACCUACUGCACCAUCUUUCAUACCAUCGAGCGAGCCAUUUUUAUGGACUACGCCCCCUGUUAUGCCAUUGUCUGAUCCGUACCACCCAUUUCACAUGGGGUACACCACAGAGGAUAUACUUGCGUCGCUGCAACUACAGCAGGACGCCCUGAGCCGACGUAUUCAGGAGUUGGAGAGAGCUCCACGUCUGUCUUGCCACUGUCAGACCCCCUUUGUAGCACCGCACACUCCACGUCUGCUUUCCCCUGAUUCAGAUGUUCGUUUCUUGACAUCUGAGCAGCAGAUUGCAUAUUUUCUGCGCGUCUGUCGUGCCUUAGAGGAGGACUGGUUACACAUGCAUCUCUUGCGUUUCUCUCGUUUCCCUCCUCCGCCUCCUUCGCCAUCAGCAUAG